AGUCGCUCUAAACCCUUCAUGAUGCCCAUCGAGGAAGCAGCCAAAUUCUGGGCAAGCAUAGAAAAUUCCUCCUUAUAUGAUUGUGCCAUUAACUAUGAUUGGGACGCUCUGAUUCGAUCUGAAUUUCUUCCCUUGGAAAACAAGAUCAAGGAACUUAAGGCUUUGUGCAAUCGAUUGUGUUCGGAAGCGGACGUGCUAAGAUUUGAGGAACAACGUUUGCGAACGGAUUGUGAGCAACUUCAGCAGCUGCUUCGUUCUACGGAUGAGGAGCGUCAACUUAAGUCGAUCGAAAAGCAGAGCACUUUGCUGGAGCAGAAUAAACGGUUGAGUAGUUUGAGAGCAAAGUACACUAUGUAUGAACAAUUUACCGGGGCGAAGCUGAUGACCGAAAAUGGCCUUGCUACAGUCUUCAUUUCAACCCCUGAUGGUGUGAUCCAACAUUGUCUCCCGAUUCGAAAAGAAGCCACCGUCCCGAUCUCUUUGAAUAGUGAACUCAAGUUCUCCAGUCAAGAAAUCGAAGAGAUCGAUAACCUCUGGUCGAAGUUGAAAUUGGAUUCGAGUUGGUCCGACUUUUUAACCGAUCCCCCAACUUGGUACAAAGCCUCUCACAAAUCCACCGUUCCUGGCGCUGACAAUAAGCGGACUGCACUAAAGACCAUAAAUAAUGUAUCCUGAUGUAUUUUUAUUACCAUUUUGUAUAUAUGUACAAUGUAUGUAUGUCUAUGUACAAUACCGAUAUCUGCUUGUUAGAAUGAAC